CGUAAAUACCCGUAUAUUCGAAAUCUGCGUAACAAGCAGGCAGUGAUAUGUCGACUCCGGCGCGACGAAGACUAAUGAGAGACUUCAAACGUCUUCAAGAAGAUCCGCCAACGGGCGUCUCUGGCGCUCCAACAGACAACAAUAUAAUGCUGUGGAAUGCUGUCAUAUUUGGUCCUCACGACACGCCGUUCGAAGACGGUACUUUUAAGUUAACUGUUCAAUUCACAGAGGAGUAUCCAAACAAGCCCCCUACAGUACGUUUCGUAUCUAAAAUGUUUCAUCCGAAUGUUUACGCAGACGGAAGUAUCUGUCUGGAUAUAUUGCAAAACCGUUGGAGUCCAACGUACGACGUGUCCGCAAUCCUAACAUCAAUACAGUCACUACUGGAUGAGCCUAAUCCUAAUAGUCCUGCAAAUAGUCAGGCAGCUCAACUCUACCAGGAGAACAGACGGGAAUACGAGAAGAAGGUAGCCGCAAUUGUGGAAGAAAGCUGGAUGGAUAAUCAGUAAACUUCUGUAAAUUUUUUCGCUGUAUGUAUGAGGGAAUACAUAUGAAUAUUAUGGUAAAUGUAGAGUGACGUGCUUGUACAAUGUUUUUGUGAUGGUAGAGUUCAAAAUAUGUUCACGAGUUUAGUGCAACGACGUGCCUUGGUCUGCAUGCAACUGGUU